AUGUCGCAGCCACUCACCCCGAAGAACGAGCACGCGCUCACCUCGAGUGGCCUGCUCUCCUCCAGCAUCAUCACUCUUGCUCCGGUGUCUCCGCUAGCCAGCGCUCCCCCUGUCACUACCAACCGGUCCCUGCUCCCAUGCGAGCCUCGAUUCCUCAUCCGCCUCGUCGACGACCCGCAGGGUAACUCGAGGUGGACGACACCAGAGGCAGCACGCGACGCAGAGAGUGGCAGUCGCUUUCUACCGCCGUAUCAUCCCGCUUCUCGCAGUGUUCAGGGCGCACUUGAAGCGAGAGCAGCUCACGCGGCCGCGGUACGCUAUCGCGAAGAGCAAUUACGACUUCAAGCAGAGGCUGACUGGCGAAAGCAGCAAGCGCAGAUUCGGCCCAUCUUCGUUAUCGCAAAUGCAGCAGAGGGUACUGCAGGCGAGUAUACUCGCCUGACCAGCCCAGGUGCAGGUGAAGAAGAUGGGGGUGAGGAUGAAGCGGCUCAGCAGCCAGCUGGAGAAGAGGAGGCCGAGGCCGAGGAGGGCAGCGCCGGUGGUGUAGAUGCGGACUCGAUGAAGUGGGUCGGUGCAUCUUGCCAGCGGUGUAUCCAGAAGAAGACGCGCUGCAAUCGCCGGCGGCCGUGUCAAUUCUGUCUCCAAGACGGCGUUGGUGAGGAAGGUUGCGCUCUUCCUCGAGGCUCAGACUCGCCCGAGCUAGCAGUUGCUGCACCACGAAACAGCAGCGAGCAAGCCUCCGUUCCUCCAGCUGGUGCCCCCGUCGCCACCAAUCCUGGCGAGACACCCAGCGCUCAUGGCAAGCGCAAGCGUGACGAUGAGGCCCGGGAAGUGAGUGGUAAGUACCAGUGCCCGCCAGUACCGUUACACGCUUUCAACCCAUUCACACCACCACCAGGCACGUUCCCAGUUCCACCAGCCGCUAUCCCACCACGGUCAGCGUUCAUGGCACCACCCGCUCAUCCGGCCCCAGCGCCAGCGCCCGCUCCCUCGACUCGCCCACCACCGCCGACGGCCUCAUAUCCGUCGAUCCUACCUCCAAACCCCGCCCCAGUUGCUGCACCAACUCAGCCAGCACCUUCGACUACCAACACCACCAAGCGGCGGGGCGGCAAGAGAGGGAACUCAAAGCCGAAGAAGCCAAGCUCUCCUCGGCCGUACCGUGGUCAGAACUUCCUGACCGAGGAGCAGGAGAAGCAGGUGCGGGAGUGGGAUGAGCGUCACAAGGACGAUUAG